AUGCCAGUCUACCUAGUACACGGCUUCCGAUGGCCGCGCGAGGGCUUCACAGGCAUCCGCGUCCACGCGGUCGUGCACAACCUCGACGACUGCAGCGUCGAGUACAUCCAGAACGACCACUCACGGGCUGAGCUGCUCAAGAGUUUCCGCAAAGCAUGGCCGGAGAUCAUGAAGGAGCUAGAUGGGCCAGCCACCACCGGGCGCGACAGUCGGCUCGAGUUUAUCGAGCAAUACGAACCUGACGACCUGGAGUCGCCGAAUGCCGUGAGCCAGCCGUACGCGUUCGUCGGGGACAAGGUGGUAAUGAUUGCUGCGAAGCCCGGCACUACUACUACGGCACAGACCACAGGAGUAUCAACACCAACAAUGCCUUCGACGCCUAAGACGCCUGGGUCUGGGUCGCAGCAGCAGCAGCAGUCGAGGAGACAACCGGUUACGUCGCCAAAAUCAACGACAACUCCAUCGGGCAGCGUUGGGAAGAAGUCGGGCGCCGCCGCCGCCGCUGCUGUCGCUGCUGCUUUUGAUCCCACCGCACUCAGCAUCAACAUUGACGAAGUUAUUGCCCAGGGACCAGGAACGUCAGCCAAGGCAUGGGAGGCGUUUGCGGAUUUGCGCGACAAGCUCGCCGAGGGCGAGAAGAUUGGCUGGUGGGUGGUUUACAAUGGCGAUCCGGAGAGGAGUUAUGAUGAUGACGAGGACGAGCUUGAGGAGGAAUACGAGGACGAAGAGGUGGACCAGGGCGAGGAUACGGAAGAGUACUACGAGGAUACUCAUCAAAAGGGCCAUGUUCCUUAUUCACCGCAACAACAGAAACAGCGCAUCCACCGCCUUGAACAAGAGCUAGCCCGAGCCCAGACUCCUCGACCUCGCACCGCUCCUCAGGCUGCCGAUGAAGCUAACAGCUCGAGCACCUCAACCAUCCGCGCCAGUCAGCAGCCGACCCGGACAGGUCCUUUGCCUCAUAUAGCUGCGCAACAACAACAUCAACAGCACAACAAUAACAACAACCUGACUGCUCUCCCCGUCCGUCCUAGUCCCCCAGUGGCGACUGCACUUGCAGCGGCGACUCGCUCCGAGAAGGGGAAACAGAAAGAGAGCAUCCCGGAACCCGGGAAGCUGAAGGAAACGGCCAGAUCGCAGGGAUUGCGCAAAAAGUUUUUUGGAAAACGAUUAUGA